GGGACCACAUUCUCCAUGGCAUGAAACACAGGCAGUGACUUGGGCCAGCCAGCCACCUCCAACCGCAUGAGGUGGCUUCUCUACAAAAGAUGAUAGGGAAACUCAAGCAGAACCUCUUGCUGGUCUGUCUGGUGAUUAGUUCAGUGACUGUCUUCUACUUGGGGCAACAUGCUAUGGAAUGCCAUCACCAAAUAGAGGAACGAAGCCAACUGACCCGACUAGAGCCGGCCAAAGCAACCACAAGAACCAGCCAGGGCACGAAGGAAAAUGCCACACUGGCUUAUAACAAAGACAUGCCUUUAAUAUUUAUUGGGGGAGUACCCCGGAGUGGCACCACCUUGAUGCGGGCAAUGCUAGAUGCUCACCCAGACAUCCGCUGUGGAGAAGAGACACGGGUGAUCCCUCGGAUUUUGGCUGUCAAGCAGAUGUGGGCCCGAUCAAGCAAAGAGAAAAUGCGGCUCAAUGAGGCAGGUGUCACAGAUGAGGUGCUGGACUCGGCCAUGCAGGCUUUCCUCUUAGAAAUUAUCGUGAAACACGGGGAGCCAGCUCCUUACCUGUGCAACAAGGACCCCUUUGCCCUCAAGUCUUUAACUUACCUUGCCAGGAUUUUCCCCAAUGCCAAGUUUAUUUUGAUGGUCAGAGAUGGCCGGGCCUCCGUUCAUUCCAUGAUCUCCAGGAAGGUCACCAUUGCUGGCUUUGAUCUGAAUAGCUACAGGGAUUGCCUGACCAAAUGGAAUCGUGCCAUUGAGAUCAUGUAUAACCAGUGCUUGGAGGCUGGCCUCGACCGUUGCAUGAUGAUGUAUUAUGAGCAGCUGGUCUUGCACCCAGAGCAGUGGCUCAGGACACUCCUCAAGUUCCUCCACAUCCCGUGGAAUCCUGCAGUUCUGCAUCAUGAAGAAAUGAUUGGGAAGGCUGGGGGAGUGUCCCUAUCAAAAGUUGAAAGAUCUACGGACCAAGUUAUUAAGCCAGUUAAUGUGGAAGCCUUGUCGAAAUGGGUUGGAAAAAUCCCCACUGAUGUUCUUCAGGAUAUGCCAGUGAUUGCACCAAUGUUGGGGAAACUUGGCUAUGACCCCUAUGCCAACCCACCCAAUUAUGGGAAGCCGGAUCAGAAAGUCCUUGAAAACACAAGAAGGGUUUAUAAAGGUGAAUUUCAACUACCUGACUUCCUAAAAGAAAUGCCACAGCUAAGGAAGACAGUAGAAAGGAAGUCUCAUAUCAAGCUAAAAUGAAGAAGGAGUUGAUAAAACUGAUGCAGUGAACUAGAAGACUGGAUGCGAC